AUGAAGCCGUGCGAGGAGGAGGAGGAGGAUGGCGGAGCGGCGGCGGCCGGCGGUGGCGGGGAUCCCUGGAAGGAAUGCGUGGAGGUGGCGGUGCAGCUGGCGCUCCGCGCCGGGCAGAUUAUUAGGAAAGCUCUAACAGAGGAGAAACAAGUGUCCACAAAGACAUCUGCAGCAGAUCUUGUGACAGAAACUGAUCACUUUGUGGAAAAUCUAAUUAUUUCUGUUCUGAAAGAGAAGUUUCCCUCCCACAGGUUUAUUGCAGAAGAAUCCACUGCUGCUGGUUCAAAAUGCGUCCUCACCGACAGUCCGACCUGGAUUAUUGACCCUGUUGAUGGAACGUGCAACUUUGUGCACAGGUUUCCAACAGUGGCAGUGAGCAUUGGGUUUGCUGUUAACAAAGAGCUUGAAUUUGGUGUAAUUUACCACUGCACUGAAGAACGGUUAUACACUGGUAGAAGAGGUCAAGGGGCAUUUUGUAAUGACAAAAGGCUUCAGGUAUCAAAAGAGACAGAUAUCUCGAAGGCCUUAAUUUUAACAGAAAUUGGUCCAAAACGUGACCCUGCAACUUUGAAACUGUUCCUUGGUAACAUUGAGAGAUUGCUGAAGGCCCAAGCACAUGGGGUCCGUGUCAUUGGGAGCUCAACCCUGGCUCUGUGCCAUCUGGCGUCAGGCGCUGCAGAUGCCUAUUACCAGUUUGGGUUGCACUGCUGGGACAUGGCAGCUGCAACUGUCAUUAUCAGAGAGGCAGGAGGCACUGUGAUAGACACUUCAGGGGGACCUUUGGAUCUUAUGUCCUGCCGAGUGGUCGCUGCAGGCACCAGAGAGAUGGCUAUGUUCAUAGCUCAGGAAUUACAAACUAUUCACUACAGACGGGAUGAUGAGAAUUAA